UAUCAAUGAGACGCGCCGCUUUGAAGUUGUUGCGAAGAUAAAAGCGUCUCGUGAUGGAGUUUAAAACAAGAUUUAUAUUAGAGAAAACGCGACAUUAAAGCUCAGAUCUGUUUAUCGUUUAUAUUCUGAAAACUUUUAACAGAGAGGAAUACUCGAGGAAAGUGAAGCGAUGUUUUACGUGACAAACUCAGGAUGGAGUUUCUCAUCUGUGAAUGAGGAUUUAUUUUUCAUAUAAAAGCAGAAGUGAAGCCUCUUACUGUGAAUGGGAAAAGUCAUGGCUUACUGGUUCCAACUUGUUUGGAGAAUCUGUUUGUUGGUUCCACUGGUUCUUGAUCGUCUUACUCUUGGACAACAUUUGAAGCCUACCAGAUGGCCUCUUUACCCUCACAAGCCUUUGGUUCUUGUCUGGAAUGCCCCAACGGAAGACUGCAGACAACACCACAAUGUCCAUUUCAAACUCGAUCAGUUUCAGAUUGUAGCUUCUCCCAAUGAAGCUUUCACCAAGCAGAACCUCACCAUAUUUUACAAAGACCAACUGGGUCUGUAUCCAUACUUUGAAACAGACGGUACCGCUGUCAACGGUGGCCUACCACAAAUGGCCAGCCUCACACAGCACCUAGAGAAGAUGCCAGAGGACAUUCAAAAAUACAUUCGCGACCCAUCUGCGCAAGGUCUUGCUGUUAUAGACUGGGAAGAAUGGCGCCCCCAAUGGAUACGAAAGAGGAAUAUUUACAGUACUCAGUCUCGCUUCUUGGUGGCCCAGAAAAACCCAAGCUGGACUACGGGACAGGUAUCCAAAAUAGCUCAACAGGAAUUUGAGAUGUCCAGUCGCAAAUUUAUGCUGGAAACUUUGCGCCUGGCCAAAAGCUUACGUCCCAACCAGCUUUGGGGUUUCUACCUCUUUCCUGAUUGUUACAAUCACGAUUACCGCAACAGUCUGGAGAACUACACGGGACGUUGCCCGGAUGUGGAGGUAACUAAGAACGACCAGCUUAAAUGGCUAUGGACUGAAAGCACCGCCCUUUUUCCGUCAAUAUAUAUGGGCUCCGUGUUGCGUUCAACGUCCUCGGGUCUCCAGUUUGUCAGAAACAGGGUGAAAGAGGGCAUGAGAUUGGCAUCGGUUGGUGAGGGACUGGCACGUCCUGUUUUCAUCUACACUCGUCCCACGUAUGCCAAUACAUCUGAAUUGCUGACUGAGAUGGAUUUGGUGUCAACCAUUGGAGAAAGUGUGGCACUGGGAGCAGCUGGGAUUAUAUUCGGGGGUGAUUCCAGUUAUGCCAAUAGCAAUGCCAGCUGCGUCAGUCUUAACCAGUACCUGCAGGGUCCUCUUGGCAGAUACCUCCUCAAUGUCUCUACGGCAGCCGAGCAGUGCAGUCAAUACCUGUGCCAUUCCCAUGGUCGCUGUCUGCGCAGACACCCAGAUACGGACACGUACCUCCACCUUGACCCGCAGGCACACACAGUGGAGGGUCAGGGGAAGGAAAUGCACAUCAUUGGAGAAAUGACCGAUAAGGAACGAAAGAGGAUGAUGGAGAACUUUCAGUGCCAGUGUUACAUCAGAUAUCAGGGAGAGAGAUGUGAUCUGGAAGACCCUCUUCAACAGCGGGGUGAAGGACAUGCACUUAAAGCAUUGUGGAUCUACCUUCUCAUCACACAGCUGCUUAUAAUGUUUGUCUGAGCGUAUUUAUAUUGACUCAAACAUGAAAAAUCUGUAUGAUUUUCUUAUUCUGUCUGAAAAUGACAAGAUUCUGCAUAAACUUGAUGCUUUUGUGAGAUAAAACGAAAGUUUAUAGUGACACAAAAGGUAAAGUUUAAAUGGUUUUUAUCACCUUUUGUAAACAAAAUGAUGACUUUAUUAUGAGGGUGCGAUCAUGUCACAAACUUUAAUUCUUAACUUAACUGCUGUACACCCUGAGUUUUUUUUACUUAAGCUGACAUUAUGAAGUUAUGUUUGUGUGCUUUACAAUACAAUUACAAACACAGACUAUGCAAAAACCUAAAUAAUUUAAAGAUACUUUCCUGUAGUUUUGUUUUGUUUUAUUAAGCGAUGAUGAUCAAGACUGCAGUGUAACAUGAGAUUGUGCAGUGGUGUCUGUUCUGGACGACCUAAGUUCAAACCCAGCUGGCGUGUCAUUUCCUGAUCAUGGCUGUUUCCUGUCCUUUUCCAGAAAAAAAAAAAACUAAAAUAAAUAGAAAUAUGAGACCACCAAAGUUAUUUAUGUCCUGUUUUAAAACAACAUUGAACAACUGUGGAUUGUAUCCUCCAUGUCUUUAUGUGGUUUCAUAGACACAUUGUAAAUGAAAGUGUUUCCUCAUGAUGGUGUAUAUUUAAUGCAUAUUUGCUUUGUUCAGCAUCUUUCAGUGUUGUUCAAUUUUGGGGAUUGUGACUGAUCAUAUUUAUAUGUGAAAAACCUUAAAUGCUGUUAUAAUCUCAGAUGCUGAAACUGUGCACAAGUAUUGCUUUUGGUUUAGAGAAAAUGGUAAAUGUGUAUUAUUUGUAAUGCUUGUUCAUUUCAUUUUCCAAAUAAAGAUGAUGUUAUGUAAUUA